GACGCGCGGCGGGCGCGAUGAGCGACAUCUUCUGCCCGGACUGCAAGAAGCACACGGAGGUGGCGUUCGACCACUCGGCGGGGGACACGGUGUGCACGGAGUGCGGCCUCGUCCUGGAGGCGCACUCCGUCGACGAGACCUCCGAGUGGCGCACCUUCGCCAACGAGUCCAACGACAACGACCCCGUCCGCGUCGGGGGCCCCUCCAACCCGCUGCUCACCGACGGGGGCCUCUCCACCGUCAUCGCCAAGCCCAACGGCGCCCACGGCGACUUCCUCUCCUCCUCCCUCGGCCGCUGGCAGAACCGCGGCUCCAACCCCGACCGCUCCCUCAUCCUCGCCUUCCGCACCAUCGCCAACAUGGCAGACAGGUUGGGUCUUGUGGCUACUAUUAAGGACCGAGCCAACGAAAUCUAUAAGAAGGUGGAAGAUCUCAAGUCUAUCAGGGGAAGAAAUCAAGAUGCCAUAUUAGCUGCUUGUCUUUAUAUUGCUUGCAGACAAGAAGAUCGUCCUAGGACUGUAAAAGAAAUAUGUUCCGUUGCCAAUGGAGCUACAAAGAAAGAGAUUGGCCGAGCAAAAGAAUUCAUUGUGAAGCAACUGGAAGUUGAGAUGGGCCAAUCUAUGGAGAUGGGAACCAUCCAUGCUGGAGAUUUCCUGAGGCGUUUCUGUUCAACUCUUGGGAUGAACAACACUGCUGUGAAAGCAGCUCAGGAGGCAGUUCAGCGCUCAGAGGAGCUUGAUAUCAGGAGGAGUCCUAUUUCAAUUGCGGCUGCUGUCAUUUAUAUGAUAACCCAGCUCUCAGAGGACAAGAAGCCACUUAAAGGUUUGAAACGAUUGACCCAUUCUGUCCUUUUCGCCUACACUUUUGGUGAAAUAAUAAUAUUAACGCUGGGAUCCACGCACUCUGCAGAUAUCUCCCUGGCUACCGGUGUGGCAGAAGGCACCAUCAGGAAUUCGUACAAGGACCUGUAUCCGUAUGCUGCGAGGCUCAUCCCGAACUCCUACGCCAAGGAGGAAGACCUAAAGAACCUCUGCACACCAUAGGAAUCGAUUCACCAUUUCUUUCUCUCUACCCAUCUUACUUUUUUUUUUAUCUCACAUAACUUUGAAUUAGAUUUGUUGGAGAGGAGUUAUGUUGUUGUGAGCAUUCACUGGCCAUGUAUAUUUCCCUGCCAAUUUUAUGUGCAUGGACCCGUCGGAUCAUAACAAAGCUGUCUGGGGGCUAAGUUACUGUAUUAGAUCUGUUUUCCUUUCUGCUAA